UUUGGCAAUGUCUGAAAAUGAAGUAGAAAGAUCCUUGUUUAGCCUGGAUCAAGAAAAAGAAGUUGAUAAUUUGAUCAAUUCUGAUGAAGAGGAAGAAGAACCCCUCAUUAGUUAUUCUUCCUAAACCUAGAGUUAAGCUGAAUUCAAAAAGUAAAGAAUUCAAACUUGCAGGUCCUUCUUCUGACUAUGGGCACAAGACGAGCAAUAUAGAUUCAGGGUCUAUGGGGUAUAAUUACAGUGCGACAAGUGUUCAAGAGCAUGAAGGAAGUAACCUAGAUGAAAGUGAUGCAUCAAGUGCAAACUGGGUCCCAUCAGACAACUCUUAUGGCAAUUUUUCAGACCAUUAUUACUAUUAUAACAACAGAGAUGCCACCCAUAUGGGAUCUGGAUCAAGCUGAGUGUAUUCUGAUUACAAGACUGACAUCUACGGUUAUGAGAAUAAAAUUCAGCGGUGGUCUGAUCAUCAUAAUGAUAUUCCAGUAAUUUCCAUUACUUUGCAUGAACUUGACGGAUUGCAGAAAGUGCUAGAUUAUCUGCUAAACCUAAAAGAUGAGUUCACCACUCGAUCUCUCCAAAUCUAUUGAGCAGAGGGACAACUUACGGAGGCUGAUAUUCAGUCAGUCUUCAACAAGCACGUAUACAUUAACUCAAUUCAGCUGAUAGAUGUCAAAUCUAACAGCAUUUAUUGUAAUUAGCAAUCCGAAUUAUUACGGACAACAAUACAUAGGUGAUAGUUUUUAUCACAACAAAAACAAUUUUUCAAGUCCUGAGGUGAAAUCUUUCCCUAAAGAGUCAUCAAGGCAUCAUAAAUGUAAGAGUCUGAGUGAAUCUAAGAAGUUAAACCAUCGGCUUGAUGAAGCUUAUUACGGACAGGAGGGUAAACCCUUCUUUAAAUAAGAAGAAUCAGGUCAAAAAGAAAAAACAAAGAGGUAGUUCAACUAAAAACAUCAAUGUUGAAGGUCAUAAAUUCACCUGAAAAUAUGAAAUACAGAUUGAUGACAUAGAUUUUCAGGUUGGCAAAUAAAAUUAUCGGGUCAAAUGGAGACAAUAUGAAGAGAAUCAUUAAUAAAUGAGUUGACACAGGCAUGAAACAAAAUGACAUCGCAAAGCUAAGACUAAGAGGAAAGGGAUCAAAGUAUUUGGAGGGGCCUAAAAAGGAAGAGAGCAACGAACCCCUUCAUUUAUGUGUCAGUUCCAAGUAUAAGGAAACUUAUCAAAGAGCCUGAGAAUUGACAGAGAAUUUAAUAAACCAAGUAUAUGAACAGUAUUACAAGUUUUUGACAGAUAAGAAGAUGGACGUUAAGAAAUUGAGAAUUAAAAAGUCAGAAAAUUCUUCGACAAGGAAAAAUUCUGGGUCAAGUAACUGCAGCAAAUAUAGCAAGCCUAUCCAUCAAAAUAAUGAUUUCUAUGGAAAGAAUAAACAUAACAGUGAUUCAAAGAAACCAUACCAACAGCAUCGGCUAAUUUCACCAGAAUAUAUCAACAAUUUUGCAGUGUUGGGCCCAAAAGCACUAGGAAAAUCGGGUUAUAGCCACCCAAAUUCUAUCAGUAACUCUGGUGCAGUAAAAGCUUCUCAUGACAUUCAGACUAACUUCGGGAGUCCAAAUUUGACUUCUAAGGGAUUAAAUCCUAAGUUAGGAGGGAAGGGUGCCCUUAUGGGUGAGCCCUCCCAGGCAGAUUAUAGCUAAUCUGUUUAAUUAGAGGACAGUUAGUCUUCUAAGAAAAAUAUCACUUUUUCAGAUUUUUUC